AUAUUUUAUUCGCAUAGAACUCGACGUCGCAGUUAUAUCAAACCACCGCAACUUGUUCUCCUGAAAAAGUGUUAUUGUUUCGCGAAUUAUUUUCAUUUAAUUAAAUUUUUCAGUGGAAAAAAGAAAUAUAACAAUAAAAGCCAUUGUUAAUCGUGAAGAAAUUGUAAAAAAUAUAGUCAUGAAUUGAAGUGGUAGAAAGACAAAUUACAUUGAAAAAUAAAAGGGGCUUCGUUCAUCGUUCACCUUUCUUGAUUAUGCGCCAUCUGGAUAUAUUCUGAAACGCCAUGGGUCACCAAAAAAAAAACCAAAAAAUCAUGAGAAAAAUGUAGGUGAAAAAAAAAUUGUGUCUUGAGAAAUAAAGAAGGAAAUUUUGACAUAAUCAUCGACGAACGACAAGAUUCUCAUCUUCAGAAAGUGACAAAUUAUUUCGUAUUUAAAUGAGGAUGCUUCUUUACUUGAACGAGAAUUAUCAUUGCAUUGUUUAAAUUUUUGAUUUUUAUCCAGUAAUACUUUUAUUUGAAAAAGUCAAAAAAUAUUUUGAGGAAACAAAAUCAACAUCAAUAUCCGAGCGCGCAAAUUCUGCGAAAUCGAAGAAAAAAAAAAGAAGCAAAAAUUCAAUGAAGAAACAAAAGAAAACACAAAUAUAACAGUAAUAUAAUACAAAAAAAAGAAAAAAAAAUGAAUUACAAUUUACGUACAAAAACAAAAAUUGUUUCACCAAAAGUGUCUCAAUUUCAUAAUUAUGCAUCUCAAAAUAAUUCAUCACUAUCAUCAUCAUCAUCAUUAUCGUUCCAAGCGGAAAAACCAUUUACACCCGUGACAAAUAUAAAUGAUUUAAAAAAAAUAACACCACGCGUUAAAGUUUUAAAUCAAGAAACACCAACACUUCAAACAAUUAAAAAAAUUAAUAAUCCCUCAACAUCAUCAUCACCAGAAAAAAUAAUCGAUGAUAUUGAAUUAAUUAUUAAUGAGGAGACAAAAAAUAAAAUGCGUAAAUAUUGUCGUACUUGCGCUGAAAUGAAAUAUCCACUUGUUGAUAUUUUCAGUGAAAAGGGAAUACAAAUGCGUUUAAAUUUACAAAUUAAACAUUUACAACAAAUUCAUGAAAUUGAUUCAUUAUCAACGCAAAUGUGUAUGGAUUGUAUUUGUGAUUUAAAAAUGAGUUUUACAUUUUUUGUUCAAAUUAAAAAAGCUGAAAUUAAAUUACGUUCAAUACGCGCAAAAUUAAUAAAUGAAAAUAAUGAAAAUAAUAAUGACAAUGAUGAUAAUGAUAAUAAUGAUUUAGAUAAAUUGCCAUUAAUACAACAUGAUAUUGCAAAUUUAAAAAAUAAUGGUCCACGUAUUGCCGCUGUUUUUUCAACAAAUCCAAUUGAUUGGGAAGCGGAAAAAUUGAAAUUAGAACAAAAAACAUUGAAACAAGGUUCAAUGAUAUCGAGUUUUGGUUCUUUAAUACCAAAAGGAGAAUUGAAAAAAAUUUCAAAAACAAAUUCAAAAAAUGAUGAUAAAAAUUUAGAAGAAAAUUUAAUAAAUGAUUUUGAAGAAAAUUUCAAUGAUAAUUUAAAACAAAAUUUAACAAAAGAAUUAAAAAAAAAAGAUAUACAAAUAAAAUUAGAAUCAAAAUUGAAUUUAAAUGAAAGUGAAAAUGAAUCAAUAGAGGAAUUUGAUCCCGAUGAUCCUUUAUUUAAUCCCGAGAGUGAAGAUGAAUUCGAAGAGAAGGAGGAUGAGGAGGAGGAGGGAAAAAAAGUUUUAAAUCCAUUUAAAAAAACACUUGAGAAAUUGGAUGAAAAAAAAUUGUCCGAAAAGAGAAAAAUCGAAGAUAACGAAAUAGAAUCAACAAAAAGAAAAGUAGAAAAAAAAAUUGAGGGAAAAAUUCGUAAAUUUAAUGUUAACGAUGCAUUAAGUAUAAAACAAGAGGAAAAUGGUGUAAUGUAUGUUACGGUACGUGGUGAAAAACCAAAUGAAUUACUUCUUGUUAAAGUGAAAAAAAUGGAUAAACCACAGGAAAAAAAAUUAAAAAAAGAAAAUUUAUUUAUCGAUCGUAAUUUAGAGGAGAAAGGACAAAUAAUUGAACAUCAAAUUGAACAAUAUAAAAAGAAACGUGAAAAAUUAUUAGGACCAAAAGCAAUUGAAAUAAUACCCGAGUGUCGUAUUAAAAAAGAAAUCGAAGAAGAAGAAAAAGAAAAAGAAGAAGAAGAAGCAGCAUCGAUAAAAUUAAAAGAAAUUACGGAAAUAAAAAAGGAAAAAAGUCCCAAACCCCAAAGAUGUAAGGAUAAAAAAAUGCCCUGCGAUAUUAAAAUUUAUAAAAAUGCCGAGGAUUAUAAUAAUCGUAUUGAAAUUGUGAAAACAAAAUUAGAAGAUAAACAGAGAAAAGAUUAUGAGGAAAUAAAUAAUGAAUCAUCAUUAGAACGUUUAAAAAGAAUAUUAAAAUUAUCAAAUGAUGAGAAUCUCAAUGAAUUUCAUGAUAAUUUACAACAACGUAAAAUAAUAAUAACAAAAUUAACUGAUGAUGAUAUAAUAAAUUUUUAUCAAGAGCGUUUAGCAUUAAAAUUAAUUGAAUCAGAAAUUGAUCCAUUAGAAUUAAAUUAUGUGCCUUUAUUAACAUAUGAUUGUGAUUUUUGUUUUAAUGAAUUUCCAACAAAAGAUGUAUGCGAUGAACAUAUGAAAUUUCAUGAUACAAAAAUUAAAUAUUUAUGCGAUGAUUGUAAUGAGGAAUUUACAAUAUUAAGAUAUAAAAAAAAUCACAAUGUCAUUUGUAUAAGAAAAUUAAUUUGUAAAUAUUGUGAUCUUAUGUUAGAUUCAAAGGGUAAAAAAAAGCAACAUGAACAAAAACAUUGUGAUAGUUUAUUUGGCCAAUUAUGUGAAUAUUGUGGUGAAAAAUUUAAACAUCAAGGUACAUUGGAUCAACAUGUUAAAUCAAAACAUAUGAUAUUGGAAAAAAUAUUUCAAUGUCCAAAAUGUCCGAAAAAAUUUACAUUUAAAACAAAAUUGAGUUUUCAUUUAAAAAGUGUACAUACAGCAAUGAGAGCAUAUUUAUGUGAGGAUUGUGGGGCGGAUUUUAAAAAUCCAGCAAGUUUAAGACAUCAUCGUAUUAGAAAACAUUUGCCAACUGGUAAUAAACGUGAAUGUCCCGUUUGUCAUAAAAUGAUUCCAUUUUAUAGUUUGAGUAAACAUAUGCAUACGCAUAAGGCGUAUACAAUAAAAUGUCCGCAUUGUGAUAAAAUGUUUAAAAAUUCAUCGACAUUGAAGCAACAUGUGAGAAUUCAUGAGGAUCAGAGGCAAUUUAGAUGUGACACAUGCGGCGUUGGUUUUAAUCGAAGAGAUGGCCUUCGUCUUCACAUGAAGGUCCAUGAGAAAGCCGAUAGUCGUGGAUUAAAAGAAUGUUCAUGUCAAGUGUGUGGUGAAAAAUUUCCCAAUCAUUCAAUGUUAGUAAUUCAUCGUAAUCGUAUACAUAAAGAUGGACGUAAUUUUACAUGUCACAUUUGUAAUAGAUCAAUGAUAUCAACAAGAUCAUUGGAAUGGCAUUUGGCACAUAUUCAUAAUGAGCCAUUACCUGGUAUUGUUAAAGCCGAAAUGAUAAUUGGCAAUGAUUCAAAACGUGUUUCAUGCUUUCAUUGUCAUAAAACAUUUAAAACAGAAAUGAUAUUACGUACACAUAUUAAAAAUUCUCAUAUGGAAAAAGAACCGGUUAAAUGUCUUGAUUGCGAUGAGACAUUUGUCAGUGAAGUUAGAUUGAGACAUCACAUGAUGGUGAUACAUAAUCGAUUAGAGGGUACAUUGGCAUGUCCACAUUGUCCAAAAAGAUUUGUCAAUCAAUUGAGAUUAAAAACACAUAUGAUUGCACAUUCAGAGGAGCGUCCAUUUCGUUGUGAUAUUUGUGGAUUUAAUCUUAAGACAAAAAUACAAUUAAUUAAACAUCAUCAAAAUAGACAUAGUGACGAGAGACCGCUUCAAUGUCGAUAUUGUCCAUGGAGAUGUAAACAGGUAAGCGCUCUUGUUUGUCACGAAAGAACCCACACAAAUGAACGUCCAUAUUCGUGUAGUGUUUGUAGACAACGUUUCAAAUAUCUUGGCGAUAAAAAUAAACAUGAGAGACGACACGAGAGUCUCGGUGGUUCUGGUUUCAAGAGAAUUGUCACCAAUAGAGGACCAAAGAAAAUUAAAAUUCAAAAAAAUGAUGACGACACAUCCAAUUCGGAUCAGGAACAAGAAAUGUUAGAGGAACAAAUGGAAGAGCAAAUGGAAGAGCAAAUGGAGGAUGACGAAAUGGAGACAAUUGACAUGGAGGCAAGAUUGGUAGACGCCGCUUAUGAGGCCGAGGAAAAUGUAAAAAUUGAGGGCAAUGUCAUUGGUAACGAAGAUGAUGAGUACGUUGAUUAUCAGCAGAAUUUUGUUUCUCAGGACUAUGAAGAAAGUUCAAAAGACGGGAACGAAGUGAUAAUGAAUAUGGAAGACACGGCCGUUUACACGGAGGAAGUAACGGCGGAGAAUAUUGAAAGCAUUGAAACAACACAAAUAAUAGAAGACGAAAUGAUGGCAAAUCAAUUGCUUCAAUCGGGAACAGUUGUUCAUAUUGAACAACAAGAUGAGGAGGGAAAAAUUCAAAUGAUACCCGUUGUUCUUUCACUUCCUGAUUUAACGGAAGAAAAUUCUGAAGUUAAUCUCGCUACCACUUCAAUAAUGUACAAUAAUGAAGAAGAAUAAUUUUAA